AUGUUGAUGAAACUCAGCACACGAAACUCCAUUUCCUCAUCUCUUCGAGUAAUUCAAACUUCACGGUUCUUCUCUUAUGUUGCGGAUGAGGAAAGGGUUUACGCUUCCAACUCUAUCAUUCACCCUACUGCCAUUGUUCAUCCCAAUGCUCUCCUGGGUCAGGGAGUUUCCAUUGGACCUUUUUGUUCUAUCAGUUCUUCUGCAAAGCUAGGGAAUGGUUGUCAGCUAUAUCCAGGAAGCCAUGUUUUUGGAAAUACUGAGUUAGGGGACAGUUGUACGCUGAUGACUGGCGCGGUUGUUGGUGAUGAUUUUCCUGGAUGUACUGUCAUUGGAAGCAAUAAUGCAAUAGGAUAUCAUGCUGUGAUCGGUGUCAAAUGUCAAGACUUGAAAUACAAGCCAGAAGAUGAGUGUUUCCUAGAAGUUGGACAUAAUAAUGAUAUUAGGGAACAUACUUCAAUCCACAGAUCUUCAAAAUCAACUGAUAGAACGGUAAUUGGUGAUGGAAAUUUAAUUAUGGGAGCUUGCCAUAUUGCCCAUGAUUGCAAGAUUGGCAACAACAACAUUUUUGCUAACAACACUCUUCUAGCCGGGCAUGUUGAGGUGGAAGACUAUGUUCACACUGCUGGUGCGGCGGUUGUUCACCAAUUCUGUCAUCUUGGCUCGUUCUCUUUUCUUGGUGGUGGUUCUGUGGUUUCACAAGAUGUUCCAAAGUACAUGAUGGUAGCAGGAAAUAGAGCUGAGCUUCGUGGCCUAAAUUUAGUAGGCCUAGCUCGACGCGGAUUCAGCAUUGAAGAGAUCAGGAGCCUUAAAACAGCUUAUCGAAAGAUAUUCAUGUGCACUGAUACAACUGCAGUGUCUUUUGAAGAAAAGCUUGCACAAGUGGAGCAGCAUGAAGGAUUGAUUCACAUUCCCGCUGUGCGUGCUCUGUUGCAAUCUAUUCGCGACUCUUUUGCAGAAGAUCGUCGAGGAAUAUGCAAGUAUAGAUCAUGGAAUGGCUGUUGA